AGACAUAUACACCUCGUCCUCAAUUGUAGAUGUGCUGCUAGCGUGACAUACGACACAUACACACAAUACAGUGGCUAUACGAUUACAAGUAUACGUUUCUCCGUGGGUCGGUGUGUUUCGGACUAUCAAUUUUCACGUUUUGAUGUGUUUAGCUGGGUUACAUGGUAUCUAAAGAUAAAAUGGAAUCUAAGAUGAGCGACGCUCCAUUGAAGUCGAGUUUAAUUAUGGUUAUUUUCAUCAUUCAGUUUGUUUGCGGGCAACGACCAGUGGCAGUAGACACAUGGCUUAUGAGCAAUAGGGACCGUUACGUUUUAUCAUAUACUGUAUCACUACUACGGAGCCCUCAUGUGUCAUGGUGGUGGAAAUCCACAGCACAGGACAGUAGCUUCGUACAACUAAAACACACGGGUAUGGAUAACUUUUGUGAAUCUUUGACUCGACGUGCGACCGCACAGACUGAUGGGAACAGGCUGUACGACGUCAGUUUAGAAAUUUCAAAUAUUAAUAGCAGCGUCUUCGGGGAAUACAAAGUCAAAAUAGACGGAAACAAGAACUUGACACAAUCUUUCAUCAUCAACGAAAUGCCAGAAAAGACAUUGGAUGGCCUUAGUGAAAUACCGGCUGCUUCUGGUGGAGAGAACAAGUUCGAGCUUUCUAAAAGUCAAGUCUACAUAGCAGUGAGCGUGGGAUGUGGUAUACUGUUGGUCGUGGCACUAAUCUCAUUUGCAUUGGUGGUCAGGAUAAAGAUGAAAAAAUCAGGUCGAUCAACAACAAGUGGUAUGCCAUUAUUUAGGGACAUACAGGUGGAUGACAACAGUGGAGCAGUUUCUAUAUCGUCGCAUCACUAUACUGACGUCCAUUCUACCACCAGAUAUGAGGGUUUAGGUGAAAAACAAGAUACCCACGAAUAUCUAACGACACGUAAUACUACGGAAAACAGAGGAGCAUACAAUGAUCCAGCCAAUCACAAUUCAGUAAAACCGCCAAAGCAAAAAACUGGCUCGUUUGCCAAUACAAUGUACGGGGAUCCCAAUCUCAUCAUCACAUCAGGUAUAAGUCCUGCGAGUUUGCUGAAACCAGUUCCGAAAUUUACGUAUAAAAAGAAACAAAAUAAAGCGAGACGUUUUUCUGACUCCACAUCAGAUCGAGAGGACACCGUUACGUAUGAAAAUGUCGCAAAAGGCGGAAACAGCUAUGAAAACUGCAACAAUUUAAAACGGACAAAGUCUAUACAGUAAGGACAGAUGGAUGACAUUAACCUGUUGUACCCGGAUAUUUCUUUACCGAGUAUUCCGAAUAGUCUUGUUGUAUUUGCGUAAUGUGUUUUUGUUUCUUGCCUUAUGAUAUUUGAGUUAUAAUAUAUAUUUUUUCUUAUGGUUUGUUUCAAGUCAGAUCCUCUAACCUUUAAGAAAGUAGGGUUUUAAAAAAAAAGAAAGAUUGAAAUUCAAAUAUAAUGAAGUUCUUAUAUGUUGUUUAUUUAUUUAUUUAUUAUAGAAUUAUCGAGAAUAAAUACACAAUGUUACCGAACAAAGAAUGUACUGAUAAUGCUUCGAUAAUGGUCCAUAUGUUCAACAAUGUAAUUUUACAAAACUACUAUAUUUAUGUAAAUAAAUAUUUCU